AUGAAAACAUUAAUGUUCUUUUUUAAUAUUGGUUCAACUGAAGAUGGCUGUUUAAAAACGGUUGAAAACGUUUUUAUUAAACAUUUUUAUUGCUGGAUAGUUAAAGAAGAUAAUUGGAGGAGUAGACCUACAAGCAAGAUUCCCUUUCUUUGGAAGUCUUAUUUAUAUCAACUUCAACAGGCUGCACCGAUACCUAAACGUAUUGUUUGUAAUUAUGAAAUACGAAGCAGACCUUCUCACUAUGGUAGAGAGUUUCAUGGAAAAAUAUCUCGUGAAGAAGCUGACAGACUACUCCAAGAAGGAGAUGGAUGUUAUCUUGUCAGAGAAAGUCAGAGGGCAAAUGGCCAAUAUACACUUAGCAUGAGAUUUGGAGGAAUUACCAAAAAUUUUCGAUUAUAUUAUGAUGGUAAACAUUACGUUGGAGAGAAAAGAUUUGAUACAAUACAAGAUUUAGUAGCAGAUGGUCUAAUCACUUUAUAUCUUGAAGCACAUGCUGGAGAAUAUAUUGCAAUGAUGUGUGUUGAAUCCAGAUAUGAGGAUAGCCCCUAUAUGACUCUUAAUUCAUAUAAGAGAAGAAGAUUAAAAAAAAAUAAACAUCGUCAAAGUCUUAAUAGUCAUAAAGAUCGCAGUCUUGGUAAAUCGGAUUCUAAUCAUAUUGAUUCAUCUGAUAGUUGUGAGAAAGCUACUUCAGAGAUAAAUGUGUCUCCUUCUCGAGAUACAUUAGCAAAUGAUAUUGAUGUUCAACAGUUUCAGAAGCCUCAUUCUUUUAAGGUUCAUAAUUUUAAGGGUUUGCCUUGGUGUGAUUUUUGUGGUAAUUUUAUGUGGGGACUCAUUGCUCAAGGUGUUAAGUGUGAAGAUUGUGGAUUCAGUGCCCAUAAACAUUGUUCAGAAAAAGUUCCAAAUGAAUGUUUGCCUGAUUUGAAGUAUGUUAAAAGAAUGUUUGGGGUUGAUUUAACUACACUAGUCAAAGCACACAAUACGUUGAGACCACUUGUAGUUGAUAUGUGCAUCAAAGAAAUAGAAAAUAGAGGUUUAGAAGUAGAAGGAUUAUACAGAGUUUCUGGAUUCAGUGAUGAAAUUGAAGCAGUUCGAUUAGCUUUUGAUAAAGAUGGAGAAAAUGCAGAUAUAAGUCCUUUAGUUUAUGAAGAUAUACAUGUCAUCACGGGAGUAUUAAAAUUGUUUUUUAGACUUUUACCCAUUCCUUUAAUCACAUUUGAAGCUUACUCUUAUUUCAUCAAUGCCAUUAAACGUUCUUCCCAAGAACUACAAUUAGAAGGUCUUAAAGAAGCAUUAAGUUUGUUGCCACCUGCCCAUUACCAAACAUUAAAGUUCCUCAUGGCACAUUUAAAUAGGGUUGCUGAAAAGAGGAAGCAGAAUUUGAUGACCCCUCAAAAUCUUAGUACUGUAUUCUGUCCAACUCUAUUACGUUCACCUGAAAUAGGAACUGCACCAGAUCAUCAAUUGUCUGCAUGGCAUUUAGAAAAGGAUGUCAUCGAGAUGCUUAUUUCCCAUCAGAAAAAACUGUUUGAACGUUAGCGUCCACUACAUCUAAAAGUAGUAUUUCCUUAAUAUUCCAAUUCACGUCCAUAGUUAUUGCAAUAAGGCAUUCUCCGCAUUUUAAAAUUUAAUUAUCAUCUGAAAUCAUUUAUAUUUUAAACUGGUUUUUUUAUUUUUUAUUUUAUCUACACAUUUUCAAGCAUUAUACAGAUUUUAUAUAAAAUAAUGUUGUUUUUUUUUUUAACGUUUACUGAUCUGAUGCAAGUAUUGAAUAUUAUAAUUGAAAAAUUAUUCACAUACACACAUACACAGUUUUUAGAAAUGAGUAAAAUGGAUUAAUGAUCUUAACUAAAGUCAUCUUCCACAAAGAAAGGACCAUUCCAAAUGUGAUAAAAUGUUAAUAGGACUAUUUGAGUAAUUUGUGCAUAAUUCCAACUUAUAAAUUUGCAAAAUGUUUCAAGAAUGAUAAAUAUAUAUAUAUAUAGUAUUUAUAUAAUCUAAAUGUAGAAUAGAAGAUCAGAUUUAUUGCAUAAAUAUCUUUAAAAUAUCAGAGAGAAUAUUUGUGUAUUGUGUUUUUUUUUGCAAUGCUCCAGUUUGGAAUAUUUUCAGAGGGUGCUAAUGUUUGAUAUUAUUUAAUGGUUAAGCAAUUGGAAAUUUUGAAUAUUCUAUUUGUUGCACUCCAGAUGGUUAAUAAGAGUGCCAAAUAUUUACAGAACUUUUAUAAGAAAAAAAAAGUGCAUUGCUUAACAGAAGUUGAAAAAAUUUUAUAUAGUUUUAUUAUUUUUUAUUCUGAUUAUUUUUUUGUGUAUUUUUUCAUUUUAUAUUGGAGAAUUGGCCAUCUAAAAAUUUUCACUCUGUGUAUUUAAAUACUCUCAAUAGUAAUAGAAAAUAAUCAUUAUUCUGUUAUAUAUCAAUAUACAUUUAAUAUCUUAUUUAUAUGUAACAGUUCUGUUGUUAAUCACUAAAUGAAUGAUUCAUUCUUCCAUUGUUGCUUAAAAAAAUCAUUCUGAAUCGCUUUAUCAUUAAAAAGAACAAUAAUGGUGCAAAUAAAUUUGUUGAUACAGUUGGAAAUUUUCAAUUUUAUAUAGAACAUUGAAUAAAACCAAAAACUACAAUUUGUCUAUCAGAAUUGUGUAAAUUUUAUAUUUAAUUAAUGCUAUAUUAACUAUAAUUAAUCAGAUUUUAUGAUAAAUGUUAAAUUUUGAAUGUUAGUUUAAAUGUAAAAUUUUUAAAUCCAAUUUAUAUAUGUGGUUAUUUCACUGGUGUCAGGUUUUGCCAAAAAAAGGAAAAAAAAUUAGAUUUAGGUACAAGUUGUAUACGAAUCUUAUCACAAAGGACAAAAAAAUAAUUUUCAAUUAUCCUCUUAAGCUGCCAAUAAUCAGAAACUACUGUGAAAUUUUCAAACUGCAAAAAAGUAAAUAAAUACUGUAAUAUGAUCUUAAACAUCAUGAAAAUUGGCUCAUUUGUUGUUUUUGAAGGGUUUAAGAAUUGUUAAUAACAAAGUAACAGAAAUUACAUAACAGCUUUUAUUAUAUUUAUGCCUUCAUUAUAAUUGUUAAAAGAAAUUAACUGCAAAGUUUUUAAUUUAUUAUUUCCAUAUACUGCAGUUAAGAAUCAAAAUUUUUUUGUAAAUUAUAUGUUUAUUUAUUUUUUAAUUUAUAAUAAAUGAUAUAUUAAUUGAUAUAAAUAUGUAUAAUUAAUAUUUUUCAAUAUUCGUUAUGUUAAAAAAUGAUUCUAAUUAUGACUACCUCACUUAGUGCAAGUUUGGUAAAAAAAAAAAAAAGAAAAGAAGAAUAAUUGUAUUAUUUUUUGUAAUUCACAAAAAUCUCUUAUUAAAUAGAUAAGGUUUUUAUACCCUUAUCUUCAUUUCCAUUUCAAUCAAAUGUAUAUAAAGGCAAGUUGAAAUAAGUGAACUGUAGUUUAACUAAAAUGUAUUUAAUGAAGAAUUAAAACGCAUAUACUGUUAUGUA